AUGGAGGCAGCGAGGCGGCGCGGCCGGGUGGAGGGGUGCCCCCCCUGGGGAGUGCUGCUCUCCCCUUUCCUCCUCCUCCUCCUCUUCCUAGCAGCAGAAGAUUGUCUGGCGCAGUGUGCUAAUGACUGCAAAGCGUACUGCUGUGAUGGGACUACUCCCUACUGCUGUUCAUAUUAUGCCUACAUUGGGAAUGUCCUUUCAGGCACGGCGAUAGCUGGAAUUGUUUUUGGUAUAGUAUUUAUAAUGGGAGUGAUUGCUGGGAUUGCCAUCUGUAUCUGCAUGUGCAUGAAGAACAACCGUGGGACUCGAGUAGGGGUCAUCAGAACUACACACAUUAACACUAUCAGCACAUACCCAGUGGCUCCACCGCCAUACAGUUACGAAUACGAAAUGGAGUACCCAGCUGACCUACCUCCACCUUAUACUCCUACCCCACAGACUUCCAUACAGUAUCCCCCACCCCCUCCAUACCCUGGAUAUUCAGGGAAAUAGUUACAUGGCUUCACAUGGAUAUUACCUGCCUGUUGAAACAGCCAACACCAGUGGGACAGAUACUGUUGUCUCAGGGACAAAGAGCAUCUCACGAUGGGGUCUGCAUCAAUACAUACAUCCAGGUAUUGAAAUAACCUGGGAGGGUUGCCAUGGCUCAGGACAAGAAGAAUACUGUCUACUCCAGAUCAUCAUGUUUAUGUUCAUCAUGAUUAAACAAAGCAUGACCAAAGAAACAGUUCCUGGAAGUUAGUGCCUGACAGGUAGUGCUUAGCACCAGUGCUUGGCUUCAGCUGGGGCCCGUUACAGCAUGUGUGAGUUGGGGUCUUCCCAUGUAAGAAGGUGCAAGUGCCACACAUGGUUCAUCAAGCUUGUUUCAAAAACAUGAGAGGCAUCUGCUGGGGCUGAACUCUGGGGUGAAACUCCAGCUGCUACCUUCAAGUAUGUGUUACUCCUUUCCUUGAAAUGAGAAUAAGGAAGAACAAGGAGGGCUGAAGCUGUUUUUCAGUUUAUACUUCAGGCUGAUAAACCCCAAUGAUCAGCUGGACAUACUGGUCUGAUAAGCUUUUUACAAAAAGAAGGGCUGUUGGAGUUAUUCAGUAGCCAAAAAAAUGAUGGAUAUUUUUGUCCAAGUGCAGGUUGUUCUAAGUGCCUGUUUUUAAACAAUUUAAGAGUAUUUUGUAGCCUAAAAUGUAAACAUAAAGAGCAUUUUUGUAUGUGAAAUGCACUAAUUUAUAGCUCAUUUACUUUUACCUGGACUUAAAUACAGUAUACAUUGGAAAUAUGCUACAAUGAC